AUGGAAUGUAUUUUUGAUGCUGAUACAAGUCCUUAUUUACCAAAACAACUUGCAUCUAUAACAAAAAAUUAUGAUACAGAUUCAUUUCAUUAUGAUUAUAAAACAAAAUUAUUAAAUUGUAAACUUUUAACAAAUAAUCCAUAUCGAUCAUAUUUUAAACAAGUUUAUCCAACAAUAAUCAAUGAAGAUGAACUUACUGAUGAUAUGUUAAAUGUUUUAAAAUCAUAUACAAAUAGUCUUUCAAAUAAAUGUUAUAUAAAAACAAAUUUAAAUUUAUUAAGUGAAAAUUUAAAUGAAAUUGAUUGGAUUUAUGUUAAUAAAUUACGUUCAUUAAUACGAGGUUUAAUUCAAACAAAUAUAAAACAUGUUUAUUAUCGUGGUUUAACAUUAAGUGAUAUAGAAAUUCAAUAUUAUAUUGAUAAAAAAAAUGAAUAUUAUUAUACAAAUUCAUUUACAUCAUUUACAACUGAUCGUUUACUUGUUUAUACAGGUAAUACUUUAUUAAUUUUAAAAACUGAAAAUUCUACUAAUGAAGCAAAGAAAAAUCUUGCAAAUAUAUGGAAAUGGAGUACAUUUAUAGAAGAAAAAGAAGCUUUGUUAGCUGUUGGAACAAAAUUAAAAAUUUUAAGUGUACAUUAUUUUGGUUGUAAAUGGGAAAUUGAAGUAGAAUUAGCAGAAGAUGAUGAAGAAUUCAUUGAAGAAAUAAAUUAA